UCUUCUUCUUCUUCUUCUUCUUCUUCUUCUUCCUCCUCUCUAUCUCUCUCCAAGCUUCAAAAUUAAAAACCUUUACAAUCUGACCAAAUCAAAUCUCUCUUACAAAAAAAAAAAAAAAACAACUUCUGCUUCUAUUACUUUUUUUUUUAGCACAGUUUUCUUUUCCGGCGACUCCAAGUUUGAUCGUCCCCGGCGAUUCCUUUUUUUUUUUUUUCGGUUGUUCUUAAGACAUAUCUUCUGAUGUUGUCCAAACAAAGUUUCAUUCUUUGUCUUAUUUUCUUCUUCGUCACAGCAUUUCCCGGCGACUCAAGAGGACUCUCUGGUAACAAUGAGCAAAAGAACAUGUCGGGCUUUUCAGGGAUUGGCUUCCCAAAUCCGAUGCGCUUCGGCUCUGUUUCUUCUUCCACAAGCAACGACUGCGGUUUCUCUUCCCCUGAGAACCAACCCACCAAGGAACGGACCGGAGAAAACAAGACGGUGAAGUUUCACUUAAAGCGCCGGGAGACGACUCCUAAGCACGGAACAGAGAAGACAACAACAAAUUCUGUUCUUGAGCUCAAUUUCCGAGAUCUCACUAGAAUCCAAACGCUUCACAAAAGGGUUUUGGAGAAGAAGAAUCAAAACACUGUCAAGAAGCAGAAGAGGAAUAAAGAAGUCGUUACCUCUCCGGUGGAGGAGCAGCAAUCUGGUCAGUUGGAGCAGCAAUCUGGUCAGUUGGUGGCUACGCUUGAGUCCGGUAUGACUCUUGGUUCCGGCGAGUACUUCAUGGACGUGUUGGUUGGCUCGCCACCAAAACACUUCUCCUUGAUUCUUGACACAGGGAGUGACCUAAACUGGAUUCAAUGCUUGCCUUGCUACGACUGUUUCGAACAAAACGGUGCGUUUUAUGACCCUACAGCCUCUGCUUCUUACAAGAACAUAACUUGCAAUGACCCAAGAUGCAACCUAGUCUCAUCACCUGACUCUCCAAAGCCCUGCAAAUCAGAUAACCAAUCAUGCCCUUACUACUACUGGUAUGGGGAUAGCUCCAACACGACUGGGGACUUUGCAGUCGAGACUUUCACCGUUAACCUGACGACAAGUGGAGGGAGCUCAGAGUUGUAUAAUGUCGAAAACAUGAUGUUCGGUUGUGGUCAUUGGAACCGAGGUCUCUUCCAUGGUGCUGCAGGAUUGCUUGGAUUAGGAAGAGGCCCGCUUUCGUUUUCCUCGCAGCUUCAGUCUCUUUAUGGUCACUCCUUCUCUUAUUGCCUAGUCGAUAGAAACAGCGACACCAACGUUAGUAGCAAACUGAUUUUUGGGGAAGACAAGGAUUUGUUGAGCCACCCGAAUCUGAACUUCACUUCUUUUGUCGCCGGGAAAGAAAACCUCGUCGACACAUUCUACUACGUACAUAUCAAAUCCAUUCUAGUCGGGGGAGAAGUUGUAAACAUACCUGAAGAGACAUGGAAUAUCUCAUCAGAUGGCGGUGGAGGAACGAUCAUAGAUUCGGGUACAACCUUGAGUUACUUUGCAGAGCCUGCAUAUGAAUUCAUCAAGAACAAGAUUGCAGAGAAAGCAAAAGGGAAGUACCCUGUCUAUAGGGAUUUCCCACAACUAGAUCCUUGCUUCAACAUGUCUGGCAUCGAAAACGUUCAGCUGCCAGAGCUAGGGAUUGCCUUUGCAGAUGGCGCGGUUUGGAACUUCCCGACUGAGAAUUCUUUCAUAUGGUUGACUGAAGAUUUGGUUUGCUUGGCAAUUCUUGGAACUCCUAAAUCAGCCUUUUCAAUCAUAGGAAACUAUCAGCAGCAGAACUUUCAUAUACUCUAUGAUACAAAGAGGUCGAGGCUCGGAUAUGCACCUACAAAGUGUGCUGAUAUAUAAAACCAAGUCCAUAAAAGCAAACUGUACACAACAAUAAGAACAGAUGAUCAUUCUUUUUUUUUGUCCUUUUUAGAUUUAUUCAUUCUUUAGGAUAUAUAUAUUCCUUUAACAUGUAUUUGCUGUAGAGCACAAAAAUCAUACUAAACUAAUGUACUUAUUCUCUACUUUUUGUUUCUGAAUAGGAACAAAGUGGGUUAAUUUUACUUUUGCUAUA